AUGGCUACUUCAAACGCAACAAGCAUCGGGUUCAGUCCUUUUCCUCAGACUCCUAAGCCGCAUUCGACUCCCUUCUGCAAUACCUACAACCCCCCGCGACAUGUGGAAAGAAACGUCCCUUCUUCCAGAAAAGGGAAACUUCUUGGUUCCAUAAAAGCCCUCUCCUUGCGCCGCAGACAAACAGUUGGAUCCGACACCAGUAAUCCAAGAACGCUCAGUAAGAGAAAGUCUGCAUGGGAGCUUUUCUCCCGACGACAGAGACCUUCGGCUUCUGGUUCCAGUGGCGACGACCACAUAUCGCAAGCUAGCCAUCCUCGUCCAGUCAGCGCAUUAGCAGGCAAAACUUCCGAAGACAAAGGCAAGAUCUCCUAUGUGAUAUUUUCGUACAGGACUUACAAGAAUGUGUAGAAAACCACAGACCAACAACACCUCGAAGAAGGCAAAGUCUCAGCGACAUUUUCGGUCGAGUCACACACAAGGUCUCCGCAAAAUAUACAACACUGUCUCGCACUACAAGCCACCGCGAGUUUCUAUCCUCACUGGCAGAUCCUUUCCUAUCUUCAUUCAACAGUGAAACCAAAGUCAAACCUCCAGUGAAGGAUACUCACCCAAUAAAUUCGCAUAACCAUAAAACGGUUCUAUCAUUGCAUCUUCCUGGUGCCAGUCUAGAUGGUAUGUCAUUUACGGAACCUGUCGAGUGCAUGGCGGACGGUGAGGGCUCCAUAGCAAACCUUCACGGCGUGAGCUAACUUUCAAAGACCCUCAGGCAAAGCAAGCGGAAGAACCAUUGGAAUUGUGCAACCAAAAUAUCCAAGCCCCGGAAAAGGGUAAGUCAUUAUGUGAAAAUCGUUAACAACACAACGCUGACAGAUAUUUCGUGAAGAAGGCGGCGAUUCGCCGGUAAUGGUUACAAUUCGCGAGGUUGGAACCACCGAUUCCAUAGAUUCCACUGAAUCAAAAACCGAAUCCAAAUCUACGUCUGAAGAAAAUGAUAGGCCAAGAACACCUGGGUUACUUUGUGCUCUUAUUGAAUCAAACUGUGGUCGUUCCGACACUGGAUGCUCGAAUAUGGAGCUAUCGCCUUGUCCAUCCCCAGAGAAGUAUCAGCCAAUGGAGGCAGUUGAUUUCUUGGGAGAAGAUUGUUUAGAUCCCACGAGCAGAAAGGCAUCACAAUUGUACACAUGUGGAGAGGGAACAAUUUUUGAACCGUCAAGUUUCCGGGACCAGAGAGCAUCUAUUCAGGUUCGGGAAGUGGAUCCUAGCUUCGACACCCAGGACUUCGAUCCAGCAUUCUAUAACAAGCGAGAAGAGAUAAAGACUCCGCAUACAGACACAGCGUCAACCUCUUCCUUGGAGGCCCUGAUCGAGAAUGACAAAGCUAAACAGAAUCUUCGAUUGACUCUGGCGAAAAUCACAAAGAACCUUCACGUUCAUAGUAGCGAAGAUACGACCUUGGAACAAGAUGACUCAGAAACUUGGAAAGCGAUCGCUGUCGGAAACAACAUUCUGCGUAAGGUAGGUCUCCAUUCAUUAGGUCAUGUUAGAGGAGAAGCUAACCUUUUCAAAAGACAAAACCCUACUCUAGGCGGAAGAGAAUUUCAUCUUGUGAGGAAAGAGUUGAAACGGGCAGUUUCGCAAAUAAGGUGCUUGAAGAAUCAAUUCACUUUCGUACGCCACCAGAGCCAUUUCGGUUCAACAGCUUUUCGCCGAAACGACUUACACCACGACAUGUUCAGAUUGACCUGGCCGAAACAGAAAGAAAAAUGCUUUCUAAGGCUGCCUCGUCUCCAAUCAACAAGCGCCGAGCAACUUCUCCGGAAAAGGCCAGCACUUACAGACCAGAUAUUAAGCCACCGAUGGCUGAGAAUAACUUGUGCACCUCAAUGCCAACAUUUAUUGACUUUCCAAAGACCAGAUACUCCGCUGAGCACGUAGUUGAGUGUAGCAGCAAAGCUGAAGCUAUUGCCAAAUUGAUCCACCAUUCUCACCGUGGUGCCCACGCUCAGUUUUGCACCUACGACCCUAUUUGCGGUUUAAUCAAAGUCUUUCCAAACUGGGCGCCGAUACCGAGCCUGAAGGAACUCAAAAAAAGUGGACACGAGAUUAUUUGGUUGCCAAUUGAACGAUCUUUGUCUUCUCGUAACCAUUCAGUUGUAGAGUCUUCUUCGAGCUCGAUGCCACUGAGUGAUCAUCCCGCCUGGCUGAGUUAUCACCAUGAGGAUGAUAGUAAUCUUGAACCGUUGGAGGUCUCUCCAAUUGAGCAGUUGUGGACUCGCGCAGAGGACUUAGGCUACAGCAAGGAGUUGAUGAGAUCCGAUGCAAAACAUCCGCUGAACGAUGAUCUUCUAUUCCUUGACCAAUUGGCUGCUGAAGCAACCAACACUGAGUGUAGUGAAGAGCUAAACGAAACUAUGGAUUUCACAAAAGAUCUCACAAAAGAUCUUCUAUCAGAAUGUUUCGUUCGAGGCAAAAACAAACUGGAAACAGACUUUCUCGCUCAAUCGACAGCUGGAAGCAAACCAGGUUGCUCAAGCUUGAACUACAACGAGCCAUCGAAUGUUGUAGUCGAGCAAGAUUCAUUGUUGCAGGAUGAGCUAUGUCCUUUCGAAACCGAGGUGAGCAGCGAUUUUGCACGUAGCUUUCUAGGAAGCCAGUUCUCUGAUUCCCCAAGAGAAUCGCUGUCAAGAGAGGAGACCCAGCGCAUAUUCCGAGAGAUCGUGGGUGAAGAAGAGCGAGAGAUUUUCUUGAAGCCUCAUUGUAAUAACGGUCCAGAAUCCAAUAAGACAUGGUUUGACUUAGCGAAAGAGUACAAAGCUACACAUCCUAGCAGAGACUCAAGUGGCCAUGAUAUGCCAGGAAUGAUUAAGACCUCAGAGUCAUUCAAAACAUGGUUCGACCUCGAAAUGGGAUACAAAGAUCCACAAACUCGCAGAAGGGUAUCCACCGAGUACAGUGGUAGCUGUGGCUCCCUCUCAGGCUCUGCGGUGGAAGACCAUGCGAGCGCCAAAGUGCUUGAUGAGGAGAAGACUCUCGAGUCAAAGGAUGAUGGGAUUCAUGUCACGGAUUUGCCCCCUCAAUCACAAGAGGCCAUUGAAGAGGUAACAUCCAGAAAAACUGGAGACACAAUGCUGAAUAGCAUAUCAGAUGUGAGCUACGAGCGAGAAAAGCGCCAGACCGGCGUACGUUCUGACCCUCACACAGCACCGUCAUGUGCAGAAACUAAAAAGGACCACACCACACUAUCACAAUGCCUACCGCCGCUGUUUGGAGAAGCAGAGAGAGUACUCCCGCUUCGACUCAAGGGCGAUCAACAAAAGAACGUGGAGAUUCAACAAAGACUUGGCAGCAGGAUAGACGAGAUGAUCAUCAAUUUACAAGCAAAGGAGGGCACGAGAACCACAUCAGGCUUCUCCUAUGCAUCUGGGUUCAAAUUUUCCUCCUUUGGAGACCAAUUGAGGAGAAACACCGAAAGCGGGAGCAGCAAUACCGGCGAUGAGAAUGCGGGGCAGGAGAAUGCUCGUGGUAACUUGAGAUUUGGGGCGUUUGAUCCUAUGAGGGUAAGACCCAAAGGUCCUCGGGAAAUCCCCUUGGAGGAGCUCAACUCUGGAACGCGUACCAGACAAUGUUCCAAGAGCGACCAAAGCAAAGUGAGCGUUCUUGUCGACGCCUUUCAGAACUAUAGCGUCCAAGCUGCUUGCCAAAAAACGAGCAGGCCCACAAGCCCAACACUCGCUCGCAGUCAAACGGUCGUUCGCCAUAAGGUCUCGCAAAGCUUGACACGCCACUCUUCUCUUUCCAUGAAUGAAAACGAAAAUCGACCAAGCUCCAAGCCUGGAAAAUUGUCGAUGCGUGCUGUGUCGUCGUUCUUGGGAAGUGAUAGCUCGGUUAGUAGCGAGGCGGAUACCGAGAAGAGUUCGGCAUUUGGUGAUCAUUUGAAGAGAUACGCGUCUAUUGGAAGAGCAACCGAUGGGACUGAGGUAGACGAGAGGAUCAUGAGAGAUAAUGCUCUUUAUGGCUGA